ACCUAGCACGGCGACGCCUCGGCGCAUCCGCAGAGGUGCUAGUUCGCACCUCUUCCUGCCGCAUGGGCAUGAGAUCGUACAUGACCUGGAACGAGGUGCCCGCCGCUCCCUUGGACCCCAUCCUCGGCGUCAACCAGAAAUUUCAGGCUGACACAUCCGCGGAAAAGGUCAACGUGUCGAUCGGCGCCUACCGUACGGAUGAGGGCAAGCCCAUGGUGCUCAGCUGCGUCAAGAAGGCGGAGGCGCUGCUACUGGAGCAGAGUGACCUCAACAAGGAGUACCUGCCUCAGCGCGGUGACGCCACCUACGUUCAGCUCUGCCAGAAGAUGCUCUUUGGGGAGAAGUCAAAGCUGCUGGCGAGCGGGGUGGUGGCGACGGCGCAGACGCUGUCGGGCACGGGCGCGCUGCGGCUCGGCGCCGAGUUCAUGAAGAAGUUCGCCAAGGGCAAGACGGUCUACAUCUCCAAUCCGACGUGGGGCACGCACAACUCCAUCAUGACCCAGGCUGGGGUGCCCUUCUCUCACUACCGCUACUGGAACGCCGCGGGCCGUGACCUCGACCUGGCAGGCAUGCUGGAGGACAUCGAGGCGGCGCCCGAGGGCAGCGUGAUCAUGCUGCACGCCGCGGCCCACAACCCGACCGGGGUGGACCCGACCGCGGAGCAGUGGGGCGAGAUCAUGACCGUCUGCAAGGCGAAGAAGCACGUCUGCUGGUUCGACUCGGCGUACCAGGGCUUCGCGACGGGCGACUUGGACAUCGACGCCACCGCGAUGCGCGCCUUUGCCGACGAGGGGUUGCCGCUCUUCGUCAGCCAGUCCUUCGCCAAGAACUUUGGCCUCUACGGCGAGCGCGUCGGCACCUUCUCAAUCACUUGCGACACGCCCGAGGCCGUCAAGGCGGUCAUGUCGCAGCUCGACAUCAUCAUCCGCAACCUGUACUCCAACCCGCCCAAGCACGGCGCAAACAUCGUCAAGACCGUGCUCUCCGACCCCGCGCUGUACCAGGAGUGGCGCGACGAGCUCAAGGCCAUGUCAUUGCGCAUCCAGGACAUGCGCACGGCGCUGUACGACGAGCUCACCAGCCUCGGCACGCCGGGCAGCUGGACGCACAUCACCUCGCAGAUCGGCAUGUUCUCCUUCACCGGUCUCAGCCCGGAGCAGUGCACGCAGAUGGUCGAGAAGCACCACGUGUACAUGCUGAACAAUGGCCGCGUCUCCAUGGCCGGCGUCACCUCGAAGAACGUCAAGUACAUCGCCAAGGCCAUCGACGACGUGGUGCGCAACUUCUGAGAGCGUUGACGAUUGUCCCGCCCCGCGCGGCCGGUUGCGCUGUGCUUGCAUAAUGGUCCAUUUACGUGUGUGGAGGCAGAACUACAUAGGAGACAGAGAGAGA